ACCUCGCGCUCGCGUUCCCCUCCACUCCCCAGACCCCACUUCGUCUUCUCCGCUCCGGCGCUAACCGCACCCACCUUCCCCACAAGCCCAAGGACACCCCUCCAUGGCCGCAGUCUCCGCGCGGCUCCGCCUCCUCCUCCUCGGCGUCCUCCUCGUGCCGUCCCUCGCCGCCGCUCAGCCCCGAGCUUUCGGAGGUACCGAGGCGCCUCCAAUGCUUAGCUUGUAAUCGACGUUAUCCGCCUGUGGGGGGCUGACAUGUGCCGGGUGUAUGUGUGGCUUGGGUUCCGCAGGGGCGCCGCCGGUGUACGCGCGGUACCUGGUCGACGCGGCGGCGAUGCCGGCGGUGGAGCUGUACGACUACAUCGUGGUGGGCGGCGGCACGGCGGGGUGCCCGCUCGCGGCGACGCUGGCGGGGUCCGGCGGCGGGCGCGUGCUCCUGCUCGAGCGCGGCGGCGCGCCCAGCGAGUUCCCCGCGCUCGCCACGGCCGGCGGGUUCGUCCGGACGCUCGCCAUGGCCGACCCGGCCCCGGAGUCCGACGCACCCGCGCAGGGGUUCACGUCCGAGGACGGCGUCCCCAACGUGCGCGCGCGCGUGCUCGGCGGAGGCACGGCCAUCAACGCCGGCUUCUACUCGCGCGCGCACCCGGAAUGGUUCCGCGGCCACGACGCCGAGAACACCGAGGUGACGAACUGGGACAUGCGGCUGGUGAACGCGUCGUACGAGUGGGUGGAGAGGCACAUGACGUUCCAGCCGACGGUGCGCGGGUUCCAGGCGGCGGUGAGGGCGGCGCUCCUGGAAGCCAACGUCACGCCGUGGAACGGCUUCACGGUGGACCACGUCGCCGGCACCAAGGUCAGUGCCACCACCUUCGAUGCAUCGGGCCGGCGGCACAGCGCCGCGGACCUGCUCGCCUUUGCCCGUCCUAGCCGUCUCCGUGUCGCCACCCGUGCUACAGUUACUCGUAUCAUCACCAACCCGAUUGACCCUGCUGCACGCCAUGGAAGAUCUCCACAACCAACAAUAGCAGCAAUUGGUGUUGUGUACCAGGACCGUCUCCUCGAUCAGCACCAAGCCCUCCUGCGCCCAGGUGGGGAGGUAAUACUUUCAGCAGGUGCCCUGGGGAGUCCCCAGCUGCUUCUUCUAAGCGGCAUUGGCCCUGCCAGUGAUCUUUCCUACCUCGGCAUCCCUGUCUCUGCCGAUCUCCCUGAUGUUGGCAAGCACAUGUUCGACAACCCUCGCAACGGCAUCUCCAUCAUCCCAUCAGUCCCGAUCGAUCACUCCCUCAUCCAGGUCGUCGGCAUCCCUUCAGCCAAUGGAGCUGCCUCCUACCUUGAGGCGGCAUCGUACAUUGUCCCACUAGCUCCGGCGUUGAGAUCAGCUGGUCCUUUCAUCGGCUCGUCUUCACCACUCUAUGUUACAGUGGCAACUAUCAUGGAGAAGGUCCCUGGACCUUUGUCUGAAGGUUCGCUAUGGCUCUCAUCAACGAAUCCAUUGGAGAGCCCCCCUCUGCGGUUCAACUACUUGAGUCGCCCUGAGGAUUUGGCGCGCUGCGUCCUGGGCGUGCGCCGUGUGGCACAAGUGCUUGAAGGCAGAGCAUUGGACGGGUUCCGCUCACCGGUUGGAUCGGAUAACCGGAGAGCGGCAGUUAGGAGGGAUUUCAGGAUUGUUGGGAUGGCGCUGCCGGUAGAAUGGAGAACGGAUGACAGAGCUCUAGCAAAUUACUGCCAGCAGACCGUGGCCACGCUGUGGCAUUAUCAUGGAGGGUGCGUCGCCGGCAAGGUGGUUGAUAGAGAUUUUCGGGUGAUUGGCACCCGUGCACUUCGUGUGGUUGAUGCUUCAACAUUCAGUGAGACACCUGGGACGAACCCGCAAGCUACAGUCUUGAUGAUGGGCAGGUAUGUGGGGUUGAAGAUGAUUGAGAGACACAGCGGAAGGCCAGUUAUACCAUCAUAGCCCUCAUCCAAGGCCUGAAAGGUUGACCCUGCAGCCAGUUUUUCUAUCAACAUGUGCGGAGUGCACCAUAUGUUUCCUUCAACCCACACUGCUCCCUGUUUCUGUUUUUCUUUUUCCUACUAGUAUGCUGUAUAGAGUACCAGCAUAGCAUGGGCAUCCUUUUCGUGUGUGCAUAGUGAUGGGAAGGGAAGCGGGAAUCGAGACAACAGCCUGGAGAUUGCAUUUUUGGCUAGUGAAUUGUGUUACUGAAAGACAUGUGGUUAAGAUGUUCUGAUGAGUGAGUGUAAAGGCUAGGAAUUACGUGCUUUGUGAUGUCUACGAACAUGGUAAUUCUCAUGACUUCAUGAGAGCUCCAUGCCUCCAUACGUACCAAACUCAUUCAGGGGACGAUUUUGGUUAAUAUUGCAGCAUAACGAGAGAACAAAGGAUCUGUUCA